AUGGACUCUAAAGUGCUUGGAAUUCUUGGCGGUGGUCAGCUUGGCCGUAUGAUGGUCGAGGCCGCAAACAGAUUGAAUGUCAAGACGGUGAUUUUGGAUGGUGAAAACUCACCUGCAAAGCAAAUCAAUGCUCAAAACUCGCAUGUUAACGGCUCAUUCACAAACUCCGAAGCCAUUUUUGAACUUGCAGAGCAAUGUGAUGUUUUGACGGUCGAAAUUGAACAUGUCAAUGCAGAUGUAUUGGCACAGAUUGAAGCAAAGGGUAAGGUUCAGGUCCACCCAUCGCCUGCAACAAUUAAACUUAUCCAAGAUAAGUACACUCAGAAGUUGCACCUCAUCAAACACGGUGUUGCUACUGCAGAUGUCGAGGUUGUUGAAGAGUCAACUGAACAGGCACUUGCCGAAAUUGGAACCAAGUUUGGGUACCCCUACAUGCUUAAGAGUCGGACUAACGCGUAUGAUGGGCGCGGUAACUAUGUGGUCAAGAGUGCGGCAGACCAUACUGCAGCUCUGGCUGCACUCCAGGGACUGCCGUUGUACGCUGAGCGGUUUGCUGACUUUACUCAUGAGCUUGCUGUAAUGGUUGUACGUGCUAUUGAUGGAACUACAUAUGCCUAUCCUACAGUUGAGACUGUUCAGCGUAACAAUAUUUGUGAGACUGUAUAUGCACCGGCGCGUGUUGCAGAUUCUAUUCGAGCAAAAGCCCAGUUUUUGGCAGACAAGUGUAUCAGUUCGUUGCCACAAGGUGCAGGUAUUUAUGGUGUUGAAAUGUUUUUGCUCCGUGAUGGAUCUAUUCUGCUUAAUGAAAUUGCCCCCAGACCCCAUAACUCUGGACAUUAUACCAUUGACGGAUGUGUUACAUCCCAGUUUGAGGCCCACGUGCGUGCUGUGCUCGGUCUACCUUUUGCCCGCGACUUUGCAACUAUGGCUACCCCUAAUACUGUCGCUAUUAUGUACAACAUUCUAGGUGCAGACACUCCUAACGGCGAGCUGGAGGAUUGUAAGCGAUCAUUGACAGUUCCUGGUACCAUUAUUCAUUUGUAUGGCAAGACAACUCGGCCCAACCGUAAGAUGGGUCACAUUAAUAUUAUUGCUGGAUCCAUGUCACAAGCUGAGGCUCGUCUUGCUCGAGUUUUGGGUAAGACUGUUGUUCCCGAACCAUCAUCAUCAUCAUCAUCUGAGGAGAAGGAGGAUGCUGUUGCUGGCACAAGUUCACAACCUUUAGUUGGCGUUAUUAUGGGUUCUGAUUCAGAUUUACCUGUUAUGUCAGCUGGUUGCAAUAUUCUUAAAAAGUUUGGUGUUCCAUUUGAAGUUAAGAUUGUUUCUGCUCAUCGCACACCACACCGUAUGACCCGUUACGCUACUGAGGCUGCCGCUAGAGGCCUCCGUGUUGUGAUUGCAGGUGCCGGAGGUGCUGCCCAUUUGCCCGGAAUGGUUGCCGCUAUGACAUCACUUCCUGUUGUUGGUGUACCUGUUAAGGGCUCAACUCUGGAUGGUGUGGACUCAUUGCAUUCGAUUGUGCAGAUGCCUCGUGGCAUUCCUGUAGCUACGGUUGCCAUCAAUAACUCGACCAAUGCUGCGCUAUUGGCCAUUCGUAUUUUAGGAGCCUUUAUGCCUGAGUACCAGACUAAGAUUGAUGAGUACCAUGUGGCUAUGGAGACUGAGGUUCUUGGGAAGACAGCUCGUUUGGAAGCUGUUGGAUAUGAAAAGUAUUAG